UUAUCUCCAACCGCCAUCAUCAGCGGCACCUCCAUACUUACCAGUCUUCGAGAAUGAUCCAGCCCCUCCCUCCAUGGAAUGUAAACCGACAUCCAAACCCGCGUCUUCUCAUACAGGACCUUGCCUUCGUCUGCUACAGGACAGCGAACCCCACAGAUGCACACACCAGCCGCUCUGCGCAUUCCCCCCGAGAUUCAGGAAAUCAUCUGCUCUGACAAGGCUCUCAGCCGCAAGGACCGAGCGCGCCUCGCUCGUGUGUGCAAGCACUGGCACGCCGUUGCGGACGCAGCGGUCUGGAGACAUAUCGGUGGUCUAGAGAGUUUGCUCAGGCUCCUGCCGAAGGAUGCCUGGACGGAGCCUCGCGACGAGUACGGCAUGAGCAUGCCCCACUGCGUUCAUCUCUCGCGUCGACUCACGGCUGUUGACUGGGAGCCAGUCCUGCGAAAGUCCCGCCUCGUCCAGACCCUCUCCCUUGACUACGUCGAUAAUGCGACUCAGUGGGCGAUCGUCGACUGUCCGCCCCCGCAAGCCCUCUUUCCCGCUCUCCGCAUCCUGAACAUCGAUGACUGCUUCGAAUAUUCCCCCUUCGACUGCGAGAGCGAUUUUAUUCAGGUGCUCGUACCACCAACACUGCGCGAACUGCAUAUCUCGUCAACGUACAAGGAUAUGUCGUCCACCGCGGCCUGCGUCGCUCGGUGUUGCCGCGCGUCGUUGACGACAUUGGACUUGGACAACCAAGAUUACCGAGUGAACAGGCGAGGGGAUAACCAGGAAAUUGACGAUGACGACGCGAACAUAUAUGGGCUCUGCGACCUGGUCGACGAGCUCAAGCAGUGCCAGCGUCUCACGAAUUUCUCCUUGAAGCUCGCCACGCCAUGGUUCCCUCAAGUAUUCGAGAAGUUGUCCGAGUGUCCGGGACUCACCGACCUCGAUGUGUACCUCAGCUCUGAGGACAGCCCCUCGUACGAGUGGGAGGACCAUCCACCGCGAUACGGCGACUACCGCUUCCCCGCGCUGAGGCGCCUACACCUGCACGGCGUCUCCUUCGGCGACGUCAUGGACAUCCUCGAGUCCAAGGAGGAGAACCCCGACGACGCGCCCUUUCGGGAGAUGGAGGCCAUCGGCAUAUGCGGCGGCCCCGGCGACAGCUCUGGCGCGCUCGCGAGCCUCACGACGUACAUCGAGAACUGGUGCGAUGCGGCGGUCUUGCGGCGCGUCAGCAUCGAGAGGGACGACGACUCGGACGAGCGCGAGGACUUCCAGGAGUGGCCGCUGACCUUCGACCACAUCGCCCCGCUCACGGCGUUCCGCCACCUGACGCACGUCCGGCUCGCUGGGCUGCACGGCACGCGGCUUACGGAUGCGGACUGCGAGGAGAUGGCGGUGGCGUGGCCCGCGCUGCAGGAGCUUGUCUUGAAUGUGACGCCGAACUACGCGGAGGGCACGGCGUGCACGCUGGCCGCCCUCGUCCCCUUCGCACGCAACUGCCCGCACCUGCGAGUCCUCGAACUGCCGCUUGAUGCGGCCCGUGUCCCUCAGACUGUGCCUCUACGGACUGAGCCAUCGCAGACUGAGCCAUCGCAGUCUGAGCUACCCUCGGAGCGCGACGCGGAGCAUGUCGAACGCUCGCAUACACCUCUCCUCCUACGUAUCACUUACGGCGCGAUCGACGACGAGGAGUCCGUCGUCCGUUACCUGCGCGCCCUAUUCCAUUGCGCAACGCUCGAUGUCCAGUACAAAACAGGGUACCGUCCUCGAGGAGGCCUGGACCAGAAGGAGCAGGAUCGAAGGAUAAGGAGCUGGGGCAACGUUGAUGCUUUGCUAUCGAGGAGGCCCGUUUUGAAGGCCCUCACACCUCCGGAUCGGCCUGCAGUAGCACCGAGCCAAGUAUCGAACACAGGGACACCCACGGAGGAGGAGUACCAGUGGUAUGACUUUGAGUGCGAUUGUGGGUGUGGCUGAGAUCCGUAUGUCAUCUACCUGUGUCCAUACUCGUAGAACCCUCUCGGUCGUCUUUAUAUCAAAGUCAUUCAGUGAUGAAUAGGUG